GCGGAAGUGAGUGAUAGGGGUCCGUACGGCGGAGGAAUACACCAAAGUAUAUAGUACCGGAUCACCUUCAAUACUCUGCGAGCGACAGUCUCACGGUGGAGCUUUGAACUGAGAGCGGAGCAUCACCGCAGUCUAGUGUAGAUUAACAAACCUAGUCCACUCUCCACCCUCAGAUAUGGCUGACCAACUCACCGAGGAGCAAAUUGCUGAGUUUAAGGAGGCUUUCUCCUUGUUUGAUAAGGAUGGUGACGGUACCAUCACAACUAAAGAGCUGGGCACAGUGAUGCGUUCGCUCGGUCAGAACCCCACGGAGGCCGAACUGCAGGACAUGAUCAACGAGGUGGAUGCUGACGGUAAUGGAACCAUUGACUUUCCCGAGUUUCUGACAAUGAUGGCCCGGAAAAUGAAAGACACAGACAGCGAGGAGGAGAUCCGCGAGGCUUUCCGAGUGUUUGACAAGGAUGGGAACGGCUACAUCAGCGCAGCAGAGCUUCGCCACGUCAUGACAAACCUUGGCGAGAAGCUAACGGAUGAAGAGGUGGAUGAAAUGAUCAGAGAAGCUGACAUCGAUGGUGACGGUCAAGUCAAUUACGAAGAAUUUGUACAAAUGAUGACGGCAAAGUGAAGCUCUUCUGUUCUCUCCUGACCUCUUUAGAAGACAAAAAAAAAAAAAAUCAGUCAAAUGUUUUACUUACCUCUUACGCAAAAAUAUUCAUUUAUUCAUACUGUUUCUGUAUAGAAAAAAACUGAAUGUUAAAAAAGGAAAAUGUCCAUAUAUAGAAAAAAUAUAUGAAAAAACAAACAAACAAAAAAAAAAAAAAGACAUAAACAAACAUAAAUGACCUGCAUGUACUGGUUAGUGGUCCUGUUCCCAAAGAACUGCUUAGACAUCUACAAAAAGAUCAAUCAAUUAAUCCUGAUAUCAAACCUUCAGAAACUAAAGUAAAAGCAUCUGGUGAACUGCUUAACUGGUUCCAUUUGCUAGUGGCGAUGUUUGGGCUGGCCAAUCGUCUUCUACUUCCUGUUUCUGUUCUACAUGCAUGCAGCUUGAGUCCGGAGCCGCUAUUGGGGCGGAAACCUCAGCGAUGUCUGUCGGAGUGUUCUGGGGGGUGAAAUUAAAAAAAGAGGGUUUAAUAUUGUUUGGGGGAGGUGGGCUCGGGUUUUCAGAAUCUGCAUAGAGGAGGAAUGAAUGGGACCUUUGCAGUUUGCUUCAAUAACUAAAUAAAGAGAUAUUUUUAAGAAAAAUGAGCGGUUAAGAGAUUUUAAACUAUGUUUGGCAUGUCAAGAUAUUUGGAGUUUUGUUUCUUUGUGCAUUGUGCCCGGUAGUAGGGGCGUUUAGCGGGAGGGAGUGGCUUUGGAGUUUAAGGGCGUGACCUUUCACCUUACAUGGAAGCGUUUUUCGGGUAAGGGCAAUGGUGACUGUAUCAUAAAUGUUUUAUCUUUAGUUUUUCUCUGGGCUCUGACUGUGAGCAUGUUGAUUACUCUGGAGAGUGCAAAAGAGGGCUUUGGCCGCCAGGGGUUUGUUUCGACUGCCCACCUUCAGUUCUGUUUAUGUUCAUUCCAAGUUGUAUAUGCUCGUCUUUUGAUUUUUUUUCCAAUAAAAGAACAUGAACUUGAA